AUGGAGCGGUUCGUGUACAUGGAGAAGUCCAAGGCCGAACGGGAGGGACCCGAGAAGCGCGCACAGCGCCUCAUGGCCACCGUGGCCGACACCGUGGAGACCCUGGCCGCGGUGCUGGGCGAAGAGGGGGAGCUGGUGCUGGACGAGCUGGUGGCGCUGGCCGGUCGGUUCAACCUGCUGGUCAAGGCCUUCCGCGACUCGCCGCUGUUCGGCCAGCACGCCUUCAACCCGCGGCGACGACGCGUGCUGCAGCAACUCAACAACCACCUCCACCACCGCUACGUCAACCUCCUCCACCUCCUGGCCGACCCCGACGCCACCCUCCCCUCUCUCCACCUCGGCCUCCUACACGAUCCCGCCGUGCGCGCCUUCUGGCAGGCCGCCACCCCGCACUUCAUGCUGGGGUGGGCCGAGUUCCUACAGCAGUGGGAGCUGCAGUUCCCCGCGUGGCCGCCCGCCUACUCCCAGCAACUGCAGGAGGUGCUCGACUUUUCAGGAUCGGGGUUCGUGAGCGCCUACCAGUUUGGACAGUUCGUGCAGGGCUUCGGACCCUUUGCCGAUCUCCCCACCAACUUUGUGGAGGUCGUCAAACAGCCGUGGUUCCACGGGUACAUAUCGUUCCAGGACACGGUGCGGCUGCUCAGCCAGGAGCCCGUGGGCACCUUCCUCAUCCGGCAGCGGGAGAUGCUGCCGGGCACGUUCGCCCUCUGCUUCGUCAUGCCCCGCAACAAGGUCUUCCAGAUCCCCAUCACCCCCAACGAACCCCACGGCUUCAAACUCAAGGACGACAACGACCAGUACGUGGAGUUCAAGCAGCUGGAGGAGAUCGUGGGCGCCUACCAGCAGCUGCUGCGGGUGCCGUUCAGCUCGUCGGUCAACCGGGAGCCCUGGUUCUUCGGCGACCUCAGCGGCGCGGAGACUGUGGGCCUGCUCACGGGCCUGCCGCCCGGCACCUUCCUGGUGCGCUUCAGCGCGCAGCACGCGCACUGCCUCUCAGCGGCGUAUGUGGACCCGUCGGGGGACAUCACGCACGCACUCAUCACCAAGUCCUCGCUGGGCUACCACCACGGCGACGACGACGUGUUCCCCACCCUCCACGCGCUCCUCGCGGCCUACCAGGCCGUGCUGGUCCACCCGUGCGUCGAGCCCGACCUCGUCCAGCAGCUCUGCGAGGAGGUGCGCACCCAAGCACGCAUCUUCAAGGCCGCCGAAGACGCCGCCGACUCUCGUGACGACGCAGAUGACGGCGAGGUGGUGGAGGGCAAGAAGAAGAUGCCGCACAAGGUGUUCGGGGAGAGUCUGGUCGACACCAUGCGCAACAACACCAAGUACCCCAUCCCCUACGUCGCCGAACAGUGCAUCCUCUACCUCAACCAGCACAUCAAACUGCCGCAGCUGUUCCUCACGCCGGCCACCCAGUCGGAGGUCGAUCAGCUCAAGGAGCUCUUCAACAAGGGACGCGACGUCGACCUCUUCCUCUGCACCAACCCGCACCUCAUCGCCGCCCUCCUCCUCGAGUACCUGCGGGAGCUGCCGGAGCCGCUGCUGUGCGCGGACGGGCUGUUCCAGGGCUUCAUGGGGGUGCCCAAGCUGCCAGAGGAGCAGCAGGCCCCGGAGCUGGCCGGGCUGGUGGCCAAGCUGCCGGAGGAGCACGUGCAGGUGCUGCGGUACCUGUUCCAGCUCUUCCAGCGCCUGGCCCGCCCCGAGCUGGCCAAGGACAACGCCUUCGACGCCGAGGAGGUCAGCAAUGUGGUGGGACCCUGCAUCCUGCGCGAUCCCAACGCCAACGGGCGCCCGCCGUCCAAGCGCGAGGCCAAGCACAUCGUCCUCCUCACCAAGAUGAUCAUCGCCGCGCCGCACACCUUCAUCCCCCGCCUCGACACCGUCUCGCUCGACUGGGUGGAGGGCGACGGGAUCGUGUUGACGCCCAACCGGCGGCAGGUCAAGUCCGGGACGAAGGAGAAGCUGGUGGAGACCCUCUACUCGCCCGGCGAGCUCAACUCGUCGUCGGUGCCGGCCUACGUGCCCAAGUUCAUGCUCACCUACCGCUCCUUCAUGACCGGCAAGGAGCUCCUCACCAUCCUCAUGCGCAAGUUCGAGGAGCUGCAGGAGAAGGGCGACGACGACAGCCGCAAGAAGAUCCUCCGCAUCUGCAACUUCCUCAAGCAG